AUGAACGAAAUAAAUCGCGUGCUAUACUUGGAAUCAGUUAUUGAACGAAUACUCAGAGAUUUGGAGGAAAAGGAGCGAAUAUUCGAAACGUAUAAGGUGGCCAGCGGGUCCAAUAUUCGGUUUCGAACGCGAUCAAUUAUCGAUUUUAUUGAUUUUGAACUCAACAGGGUCAUACGGGUUCCACUCUAUCAAAUCUACAAUGUCGAUCCCAGUUUUUGUGAAAUGCUGUGCAACGCCUUCUUUGGCCGGACAAAGUGUUGGAAACGAGAAGGAGAAAUGUCGAGUCAAGGAUAUGAUGUCGAUCUGUGGCCGAGCUGCAGAUUUCAUUUAUAUGCCGGUGCUAUCUGUAUGUACGCCUGUGUUGUGAUGGAGAGGCUUUUCAAAGGAGUUCAUGACGAGUACCAAGCUGCGGUCUUCGCUGAAAACCGAUGGUACUCCAUUAACUUAAUUGCACAUUUCACGUUCGCAUACAAACUCCAUGGAGCGUUCGCAGUGACGAGGCAUCUAUCGAACUUAUGGCUGUGGCUUACAGAGCAAAGCGAUGGUUUGCGUCUUUUCAUUUAUAAUGUGGUCUUCCCACAAAUCCAUGGUUCCUUCCAGAAUUUCCUGGCGCACAACUGCUGCCAAAGCCUGAUUGAAAGAAGAUGGCAUGGAAGGCUACGACUCAGUCCAGGCUUCUUCGAAUGGACAGCCGAGCACUUAUUCGGAUUUUAUCGUGACAUUGUUAUCGUCAUGAACUGUAUAACUCUGGCUGCAGUUGUUAUUCAUGCUGGAUUCACCGACGGCGAAGUAACAUCAGGAACACUAGGCAAGUUUCUGUUUAUUUUCGUUAUUUUCUGGGUAAUAUUCGCUGUAUGCCACAUCAGCAUGGCAGAAGAAUAUGCGGUGAGAUCAAAUCAUUCAUUGGCAUGGAUGAUGUUUCAAAAUGGAGCUUUCGAGAUUUUUGGUGAAGUCGAUGACGAGGACAAAAUAGGCACCGUGACCGGAUGUGCCGACAUUUCUUGGCGGUCGAUGUGGACGGCCAGCACUUCAGACAUGCGCUGCCUUUUCCGUACCGCUCUUAUUCCGAUUACUGUGUUCACCUACAUGCUUGUCGCCAGUAUCAUGCUGGUGAACCUGCUCACAGCACUACUUUCGAAAGAAUAUGAAGAGGUGUCCGGAGGAGGAUCUGCAGUGUACUGGAAAUACGAAAAUUAUUUCCUUCUAACCACAAAGAGAAUUGAAACCACUUCACAAAAUGAAGAUGCAAGCCCCGAGGAAAGAAUUCGCCACGCUCAAGCGUUAUUUCAGAAGAUCUUCCAGAUUCUCAUGGAAUGCAUUGACGAAGAGACGGGUCAAAUCCGAACGAGGGCGAACACAGCUAUGGAAGAACUGCAGCAGCUCAAUCAGUCUAUAUAUAAUUCUCUCCCAAAUUUUAGAGGCGUAGAUUCGGUUGAAUUGCCUCACAGACCACACUUCUACUAUGGCGAUUUGAUACAGCACUCUUCCCCGGAACUCAUCAAUCCAUUGGAUCCAAAUCGCACCGGACGGAUCUACAGUAUCUAG